UGUCCUUGUGACUAAGUCCGGCCGUGUCCGUUGUCCGUCUCCGGUCGUCGCCUUACACUUUUUUCACUGACGACUUUUGGUGUUUUGCCCGACCCCGAUUGUUGAUGAGGUUUUAUAUAGCUCGCAUGCUUAGUGAGACGACGCCUGUGGAAUCCUUCAAUUAUCACCGUCGCGACUCCCGGCCCAACCACAACACGAGCAGGAGGCGGAGGAGAGCAUCACAUUCAGUGUUUGGGUAUAUAGAGCUGGCAGCCCCUCUCUAGCGACUUUACUGGAUCACGUUUCGAGCCAUGUUGUUCCAACACAAGAAUCUGCUGGUCAUCAUUGCUGUUGCCCUCGCAGCAGCAUACAUCUAUCAAAAAGUCGCCCUCUACUUCCGCAGACGCGCAUUCAAGAAAGAGCAUGGCUGCGAACCUUCAUACUCCCGCUAUCAGUUCAAGGACCCCAUCUUCGGCCUCGACCUGAUCCUCACCAACAUCCGGGCCGCCAAAAGCAGAACCUACCUCGAGACCUCAUACAACCGCUUCCAAAAAUACGGCACCACCUUCACCUCAAAGAUGGUCACCAAGCCCCUCAUCGUCACCAUCGAGCCCGAGAACGUCAAGACCGUCCUAUCCACCCGAUUCAAAGACUUCGGCCUCGGCGAACGCCUCCUCCCCUUCGCCCCCCUCCUCGGCAAAGGCAUCUUCACCAUGGACGGCGACCACUGGGCGCACAGCAGACACAUGAUCCGCCCCAACUUCGCCCGCGACCAGGUCGCAGACCUCCAAAUGCUCGAAAGCCACGUGCAGGAACUGCUCAAGAGCAUCCCGCGCGACGGCACCACCAUCGACCUCCAAGACCUCUUCUUCCGCACCACCAUCGACUCCGCAACCGAGUUCCUCUUCGGCGAAUCCGUCGACUCCCAGCGCCAGUGCCGCGACCAGCCCGCCCUGCACGGCGCCGCAGACCCCUCCUCCUCCUUCGCCGACGCCUUCAACUACGCCCAGCGCGCCUGCGCCACCCGCUCCCGCCUCGGCGCCCUCCGCGUCUUCUACUCCGACUCCAAAGACACAGCCUCCACCCGCAUCUGCCACGCCUUCGUCCAGAAAUACGUCAACGACGCCCUGCUCUACCGCAAGCACCUCGACCUCGACCCCGAAAAAGCCGCGCCCCCAUCCGACGCCAAAUACGUCUUCCUCCACGAACUCGCCAAAUCCACCACCGACCCCGUCCGGCUCCGCGACGAGCUCCUCAACGUCCUCCUUGCCGGCCGCGACACCACCGCCUCGCUGCUGAGCAAUCUCUUCUUCGUCCUCGCCCGUCGCCCGGAUAUCUGGGCGAAGCUCCGUGCCGAAGUCGCGCAGCUGGGUGGCGCCCCGCCCUCGUACGAGCAGCUGCGCAAUAUGAAGUAUCUCAAGUACUGCAUGAACGAAUCCCUCCGCCUCCACCCCGUCGUCCCCAACAACGGCCGCGUCGCAAAAGUAGACACCGUCCUCCCCCUCGGCGGCGGGCCCACCGGCACCUCCCCUCUCUUCGUCCCCAAAGGCACACAGGUCAUCUACUCGCCGUACGCCAUGCACCGCCGACAAGAUUACUACGGCGCCGACGCGCUCGAGUUCCGCCCCGAGCGCUGGGCGAGCUUGAGGCCUGGGUGGGAGUAUUUGCCGUUUAAUGGGGGCCCGCGGAUUUGUUUGGGGCAGCAGUAUGCGUUGACGGAGGCGGGGUAUGUUACUGUUAGGUUGGCGCAGGGGUUUGGUGGGGUGGAGGCGAGGGGGGAGGAGGGGAGGGGGUGGGUUGAGGGGUUGAGUUUGACGCUUGCUUGUGGGGAUGGGGUUAGGGUUGGGUUGAGGGUUGAGGAGGGGGAGGGGGAGGGGGAGGGGGUGUGA